AAUUGAACAAUUUUCUACCGCACACACACCUGAGGUAUAGUCCAGUAUGGAGCUGAUGCCUGAGUUGUGCCUGAGCAGGAUAUUGGAGCUUCUCUCCCUCCCCGACCAGAUUAACAUGCUGCAGGCCUAUGAGCGCUGUCGACCCGUGCUGGCAAGUGUUUGGCGCCGACGACUUGACAGGAUUACGCUCAACCUGCUGGAAGUGCCGAUGAAGGGGGAGGACUUUAGGAUGCUCCUAUAUUGUGCAUGCCAGAGGCUGCGGGAGAUCAGGGUCAGCUACAUGAGUAGGGAGCAUUUCGAGGCGCUGGUAGGAUGCAGGUAUCCCAAGCUGGACCUUCUGCAGGUGGAUGCACUGCCGCCGUUCGCAUUGCGGCCUCGUCUCAGGCAUCAGCUAAGACAGAUUAUGCCAAAGUCAAACUACCUUGACGACGCACCCACCAUGGGUUGCGUUCUCCAAAGCCAGAAUGAAGGCCAAAUCAAUUUCGAUCACUUCCAAAUUCUUCGUGCUAUAGGCAAGGGCAGUUUCGGCAAGGUUUGUAUUGUUCAGAAACGCGACAACGGCAUCCUAUACGCCAUGAAGUAUGUGAGUCGAUCAGCAUGCGAGCUACGAGGGGCUUUGGGUGGUGUCAUCAAGGAGGUGGAACUACUGUCCUCGCUGGAGCAUCCGUUCCUUGUCAAUUUGUGGUUCUCCUUUCAAGACGAAGAGGAUUUAUUCAUGGUCUGCGACCUGUUGACUGGCGGCGAUUUGAGAUAUCACUUACAGAACCGAGUGGAGUUCUCCGAGAAGAGUGUGGCCUUAUUAGUGUGCGAGCUUGGCAGUGCGCUGGAGUACCUGCAAACGCAACGAGUUGUCCACAGGGACAUCAAGCCUGAUAAUAUUCUAUUGGAUGAUGCCGGACACGCCCAUUUGACUGAUUUUAAUAUUGCCACAAGAUUGCAAAAGGAUGCUUUGGCCUGCAGCAUGUCAGGAACGAAGCCAUAUAUGGCACCCGAGGUGUUCCUCUGCGCCCUGGACGAAGUGGCUGGAUACAGUUAUCCGGUUGACUGGUGGUCCCUGGGCGUGGUGGCCUACGAGAUGAGGGGCAACAACAGACCGUUUGUAGUGCACUCGAACACGCCACUGGCAGAAAUCAAGAAUAUUCUGAACACUCCAGUGCACUAUCCUCGUUACUGGACCAGCAAUUUUGUCGAUUUAUUGCAGAAGCUGCUCUCCCCGUACCCUGGGGCCAGGAUAAGCACACAGCAGGAGCUGCAUCAGACACCACUACUGAGGAAUAUUGACUUUCAACAAGUCCUCGACAAGAAGACGAAACCCCUUUUCAAACCGCCCGAAGACCAUUUAAACUGUGAUCCCUGUCUAGAGCUGGAGGAGAUGAUUGUGGAGACGCGACCUCUUCACAAAAAGAAGAAGCGUUUGGCAAAGCAGCGUUCCGCGCAACGUGACAGUGAUCCAGAGACAGCUCUCGUCAAGGAGUUCAUCGUCUACAACCGCUACAAGGAGCUGAAGCGGAAGGCCAUGGAGCAGAAGGAAAACGACUGGCAGCGGGAGCUGGAGCUUGCGAUGGCCAACUCCAUAGUCAAUAGUCUGGCCCCCAUUCAGGAGAAGCCCAAUCCUUCCAUUGUGCAAGCUGUCGAUGCCGCGACAUCAUCCUCGACAGCGGCAAAGGGAGCAGCCUGUAAGGAGAGCGAAAGCAUCGAAUUCAUAGACCGCACUCCGUCUCCGCAGCCCACCAUUGUGCCUGACUCGGCACAGAAACCGCCCAAGGGAGGCCCCAGCAGCACAUCGGACAAGGCAACGAGCCCCCAGUAAUGCAGAAAGCCCAGAACAGAACCCCCAUGAUCGUAAUAGGUUUCAAAGAAAAAGCACAAACAAUGCCCAAUAUGCCCAUGCACCCAGCGACCACUUGAUACCAAGUCAUCGAUACCACCCACCCAACACCAGAUCUAUUUUUCGAACUCUCUGCUGAAUUUCAUCAUUGUAUAUGUAUAUAAAAUGAUAUAUAAACAAAUUUGAUAUCCCUUAGGGUAUUUCACUGGCCUA